AUGGGGACACAGGGGCGCUUGGGCUGCGCCAGCGGCCUAAGGCUAACGCACCGGACGCGACAGCGUCACCAGCACCACAGCCACCAUGACGUGGCGCAGCAGCAGCAGCAACAACAACAGCUGGCGCAACGUGUGGUGCCCACGACGCCGAUGGCCUCCGCCACAAAGCUCCCGGCUCGAGGCGGGGUGGGUGCCGGCGGUGUCGCACUGGGUAUUAUCCUUACGGUGGCGUUACAGCUCGUGGGGCGCUGGCUACAGCGGCAGCGAUGGGCGCAACAGCUGAUGGAGCUCCUGGACCUGCGGCGCAGCAGCGGCAGCAGCGCUAGCACAAGCGGAAUGUACGACGACGGUGCUGACGGCUUUGCCGCAGCUGGCCGGCGGCCGGGUGGCCGCCGCGGUGGCAGCACCACCAGCCAGGCUGCUGCCGGCGGCGACGCGGGGGCCGUGGGCAGUAGCGUCAGCGGGAGCGUUGACGGCGCCGCCGGGAGAUUUGCCUUCCUGGGCAGCGGCGGCGGCGAUACGGGAAGCUUGCAGGGAAGUCCGUUGGGGACGCUGGACGGCGGCGGGGUGGGGUUAGGAGUCGGGCAGGGGGUGGCGUCGCUGGGCAGCAGCGGUGCCGCCGCCGCGGCGGCUGCGGCGCUGCCGUCGGUGGCGAGUUCAGACCCCGGGGAGAGCGUGGAGUGGGUCAAUAUGUGCUGGCGGAAGGUCUGGCGGGUGUACCAGCGGGGUCUGGAGCGCUGGAUCAUCGACCUGCUGCAGCCGGUGUUUGACGGACUGGUGAAGGACGGCUCGGUGCCGCGCUGGCUGUGCAGACUUAGAGUGGUGGAACUGACCUUGGAUCACGAGGCGCCGUACUUUUCAAAUAUGCGGCGGAGAAAUAGCCGGAAAGACUCGGACCUCAACGGUGUCGUGGACCUGCGCUACACGGGAGGUGCCCGAAUGCUGCUCAUGCUGGAGCUGGGAGAGGGCCGUUGGCGGUUUAAAGUCCCCGUACUGGUUUCGGAUCUGGAUCUGGAGUGCCAGAUGUGGCUCAAGCUGCGUCUCGCGCCCAUGUGCCCCUGGAUCGGCACCAUCAGCCUGGCGUUUGUGGGUCCACCCAACGUCAAGGUCCAAUUGUCGCCGUACAACCGUGUACGGCUUAUGCGUGUACCUGUCGUACAAAACUACCUUCGGAAGUUGCUGACGGUGGAUUUGCCGGCGUUGAUGGUGUUGCCACAGCGUCUGGAGAUCAACAUCCCGCCCUCCGUGACGACCAUUGCGGAGGCGGCGGUGGGUCGGGACACCAUCAUGCGGGCCGUGGCGAGCGCGGUCCUGCAGGCUGAUGCGGUGGAAGCUGCUCUGCUGGCCGCCCUGCCGCUGGGGCCGCAGACACCGGCUGGCGGCGUGACGCUGCCGGAGGCCUUCAAGGGCGAGCUGGGUGUGACCCUCCGCGAGGCUCGCAAUCUACCCGUGUGGGGCUUCCCGGGUCAGAGCAACCCCUACGUGCGGCUUGUGCUGGGGGAGCAGGCUGUGCAGAGUCGUCGCGAGGGCGACACCAGCCACCCGGGCCGCCACCGGGCCCCGGUGUGGAACCAGGAGUUCCAGUUCCUGGUGGAGAACCCCGAGGUGCAGGUUCUUGAAUUGCUCGUCAAGGACAGCCAUCUGACGGGUCGUACGGAGGUGGGACGAGCGACUAUUAAGCUGGCCGACGUGCUGGUGGCGCAGCAUUCGGCGGAGGGCGGCAAAUUGACCAUGUGGGUGCCGCUGCAACCCCCAGCCGGAUCGUACGGCAUUACCGGCGGCGAACCCGUACCCACUGGCGAUGUGCUUCUGGAGUUGUCGUACAAGGCCUUUGACGAUGACGAGCAAGACUCAGGGUAUCGGGAAGCGGAGAACUACUCCAAGCAGGCUGCGGCACAGGCGCCCAUUACCGACAUUCGCAGCGCUGCAGCCGCCAGCAGCCGCGCAGCCGUCGCCGCCUCCGCUGCCGUCUCCGCGAUUGCAAUGACGCGCGCGGCGGCGGCGCGCGCAGCCGCGCGCGCGGCGCGAGCCGCCCAGGAGGCCGCUGCCGCCGCGGCGGGCGCAGCCAAGGGCGCUGUAGACCAGGGUGCAUCUAUAAUCGCCCAACAGCAGCAGCAGGUAUUGCCGCCGCUGCCGCCGCUGGCGGUGUCGCCACCGAAGCAGCUACCGGCGAAUGCGACAUACAUGGCGGCACCGCCGCCACCGUGGGAGGCGCAACCCGCCGCCGUACCAGGUCCCAGCACAGCGCUUGCCGCCGCGGGCACCUCCGACAACGAGGUGGAACGCGCCGUGGCCGUUUCGGGACAGCUGCCAGCAACGGCGCCGCCUUCGCCGGCGGCCCCUGUGGGCAGCGUCGGUGGUACUGGAACGGCGUGUGCAGGCCGCGACGGUGACGCAGGUGAGGGUGGCGAUAGCACCGAUCUGGCGCAGCAUGUUCUUGCUGCCGCCGCCCCACCUGCUGCUGCUGCUGCUGGCGCGGUGAUGGCGACCGCGCCGGGUGCUGUGGCUGUUCCGGGGAUGAGGGUGCGGGUUGCAGUAGAGGAGAAAACGAACGACGAUGGCAGCGUCGCAAAGCUUGCGGCGUUGCCUGAAGGGACCGAAACCAAGGUGAUGGUAACAGCAACGGCGACGGCGCCUGCUGUACAGCAAACGAGAAGAACGGCGACAGCCGUACUGGAGCGUCCGCAAGCUUUAGGACCCGGCGACGGUGGCAGCAGCAAUGGCCGUAUGUACGGUGGUGACAUCGGCGGCACUGCCGUGGCUGCGGACAGCCGUUGGCGCCGACGGGAGCCCGACGGCGGCAGCGGGGCCGACGUCGACGCCGCCUCAUCUUCGCGAACACAUCACGGCGACGGUGGUGGCGACGCAGGCGGCGAGGACAACGCAAGUAACGGUAAUGGCAACGGUGCCGGCAGUGACGGCGCAUCUGCAGGGUUGCCGGCGGUAGUUGCUGUAGAGGUUCUGGAGGCGGGCCCCCAUCAACUGGGUGGCGGCGGCGCCGCUGCCGCGCCGGGGCGGACCCUGCUCCUCCCACCGCGACCGCUAAAGCACUCCGUGGACAAGCCCGCUGUUCACGUCACUGCGGAAGUCGUCGUCACGCAGGCGGCUUCCGGGCCUCCAAGCCACGGCGUCGAGGUGGGAAGGGAUCAGGGUCAGGCCGCCGCCGGAGGCACCGGUGAUGGCGGCGCCGUUGGCGUCACUGGCCCAGUGCUGAGUGCGUUGGUGAGCCUUACGGCGUCCGCACACUCCCUGACGGCCGCAGCUAUCGAAAAGGCGCGGGAGUCCUUGAGCCAGAAGACGCCGCCGCCGCCGUUAUCUUCAGCCGGCGACGGAGGCAGCGGCGGCGGCGGCGGCGACGAGCACCCUUGGUGGCAGUUCUGGGUGCCCAAAGGCGGUACCGUCAAGCUGCAAGACGCGGGCGCUGCCGACGGCGAUGGAACCGGCGCUGCGGCCUCAGCAGCGGAGGCACUCCCCGCGUCCAAGGGCGGUGCGGCGGCGGCGCCGGCCGAGCCGUCAGACGGCAGUGGUGCGAAGCCCUGGUGGCAAUUUUGGUCGGAUGGAGACAAGGAGCGCGACAAGGGGGAAGAUGGCGACGGCAGUGAGGGCUUGCGGCAGGGCGCGGAGGGCGAGGAUCAUCGCGGCAGCAAGCCCGUGGAGGCGAUUUACAUUCCCGCUGACCUGCCCCUGGAGGAAAUCGCAGCGGAGGUGCAGAGACUCAAGGAGGACAGUUGGCGCGAGCGGAGUGACCACGUCAGCAGCUUGUGGAGGAAGGCGGUGGAGAGGAACGACCGCAAGUGGUUGAUGUUGGCCGCGUUUUUGUUGUCGGUGGCGGUCGGGCUGCUGACGGUGGUUGCGUGGAGACUGGAGCAGCUGGAGCACAUGCAGGCGGCCGUGCCGCAAAUCGCCCUCAUGACGAUGCAGGCGGCCCUGCAGGCCUUGGAGCAACACGCCAGUAGCGGCGGCGGCGGCCUUUUGUGA